AUGACAACCAAGACCAAAAGCCACAAGGCCAUGGGAGAUGGGGAGUGGAUGUCAAGGCUGAGGGCCUUUGCCAGCACUGGAGUUUGGCCCCCAGGAGCCGGCAACAGGCCAGCGCCAAGGCAACGGAAGUGGCAUGACCUCUACCAAAAGAUUGAGAAAUGCCCCAUGCAGGCCAAAGGGCAGUCUGGCUUGUUUGGUCAGGCCAGGACCUGCAGUUGUGGGUUCCAUGCCAAGCCUGCCACCCAGUCAUCUCCUCCCUCCACAUCAUCUGCAGCUUCAGCCUCUGCUCCUGAGGCCCGGACAUAUUUGCGUCCCCCUCUAAGUCUGUCCAUGUUCACAAAAUCCCACUAUGGUGGCUCAUUGUCAUCUGCAGUGCAGCCAAAUUUGGUGAAAAGAAGGACCCCCAGUCCUUCACCUGUGAGCACCCCCAGUCCUUCACCUGUGAGGACCUCCAGCCCUUCACUGUCUUCUCUGAGGACCCCCAGCGCUUCUGUGUCGUCUGUGAGGGCCCCCAGCCCUUCACUGUCUUCUCUGAGGGCCCCCAGCCCUUCUGUGUCAUCUGUGAGGACACCCAGCCCUGCACCAUCCCAGGGGAAGUUCCCAGUUUGGGAACAAAACCCUGUACAAGCUGACGCAUCUGGCGAACCGGGAGGACGUGCGUCAUCCCAUGCGGGAUCCUCAGCUUCAUUCUGGCUGCCGGGUGAGCUGAGCAAAACCAUACCUCUGCAGGACCAGAGGUGGAUUGCCAGCACCCUCUUUCCCUCUGGCAAACUGCGGCCAGAUUUGAAGCUGUGGUAUGAGCCCCCUGUCCCAGCGCUCAUUUACCACCAAACACCGACCCCAGAGCCUUUCUUCGCCCAUCGCCUGAUGGCAUGGAUGCCCUACCACCUGUGGAAGGUGAAGAUCGCCUGCCCUACUUGUGGAAAGCAGUUGACAGGCGCUGGGGUCCACAAAAGGGCACGGAAGGUCCUGGACAUCGACCGGUACUACCUGCUGGUGACAGAGACACUCAGGUGCACUGUGUGUGUACAGAACUAUUUGUCAACCAGCCAGACUGUCCGGGACCAGCUGGACCUCCCUCAUCGGCAAAUGUUCAGACUAAUCCUGACCCGCAAGUACGCCUGUGACAUCCGUGUCAUCAGGCUGCUUCGGGACAGGACCCUGGGCAACAGUCCAGCACGGCUGGUGAAGCAGCUAAGGGAGAACCAUGGGGAGGAGUGGCUCAACAGGCUGGCACACUAUCUGGGGGAGUGUGCUAAGUGUGUGGAUAAGCCAAGCCUCUUCCCGGUUGUCUGCCAGGAGCCCCCGGAGCCAAUGGACAUCCCCACCAGUCGCUGGCUGUUGGUCGUUUAUGGACAGGACAUCCUCUCAAGGUUGGACCACAUAAAGGCCAGCAUCACCUCCACGUUUGGGUCCAUCCUUAAGCUGAACUCCACCAAAAAGAUCACGAAGAAGCUGACCGGCACCGGCAGGGGCACAGCUCUCUGGCUAACCUCCGUCAGCAACGAGGUCGGCCAGAUCCUGAACAGCGUCUUGACUGUGCAAGAGGGGUUGGGAGUAAACAGGAUGGCGUCGGGCCUGAUGGAGCGGUACCGCCAGGCAGCUGUGUCACCCCCAGUUCUUAUGUAUGUGAACUGUGGAUGCUGUGUGGAUGAGGGGGCCAGCAAGCUGCAAGUGAGGUUUGGGGAAUGGCCAGACCUCCACAUUCGCCUGGAUAUCUGCCACUUUAUGAGGAGGCUGGCUGUGGGCUGCACCACCGAUGCUCAUCCCCUCUACCCCACCUUCAUAGGCUGCCUCUCCGCCUGCAUCUUUGAGUGGGAUGCUGGGGAUCUCGCUCUUUUGAGGCAGGCGAAGAGAGAACAGCUCAGACUGGAGGGUGUGCCUGGCAUCACUGAUCUCCUGGUGGACAGGAGAAUCAGUAAAAAAGAGCUCAGCCAACACUGCAGACGGAGGACACGGGGUGAGGAGGCCACCAUCCGCCUGAUUGACCGGCUGCUGCAGGAACUGGGAGGGGCGAAAGGAAGGGACCUGAUGGGUGUGCCUCUGCUGGACAUGGAACAGAUGGAGCACAUCUGGAGAGUGCAGAAACGCCAUGUCAGGUGCAUCCAGGACAUCCCAGGUGUGCAGCUGUACACUGAGACAGGCACCACCACCAAGGGAGGCAUUGUGCUCAGAAAGUACCGCUGUGCCAGAGGCUCCACUUCUUUAGAGUCUUUCCAUUGCCAUGUGAACAGGUUCAUUCCAGGAACAAGUGCAAAUGCACUUCAUUUCCAGCUGUACCUCCUGGAAGGCCUGAACAGGUGGAACCAGGACCGGGGAAGUGCAGCAGUAACCAACAGGUCCUCAUCUCUCCUGACAUACGCUGGGGAUGCAGCUCAGUGUGUAAACACCCUCAGCUCAAAGGUGUUGAGUAGACCAUAUCUGCCAGCCUUUAGGCCACCGGCUAAAUACACUGGAGAGCUCAUCGGGGUUGAUUACAUGCUGAGCCAGACUGGACAGCCCCUCAACGUGUCCCCCGACUCAGAGGAGACAGACAACAUGCUUCAGGAGGUGGGCGAGGGGGAGCAAGAAGAAGAAGACGAGGGUUUUGAGGAAGACCAAGAACUGGAGUUCAUCACUCCAUCUCUCCUCGAUGACCUGAGUUUUUCAACCACCUGCCAGCCUGCUGCCCCCUCCCCUCCUGCUUCCCUCUUCACUGCUCCCUCUUUGGACCCUGCCUCCUCCUCCUCCUCCUCCUCAGUGGCUGCUCCCACUUUGGACCCUGCCUCCACCUCCUCCUCCUCAGUGGCUGCUCCCACUUUGGACCCUGCCUCCACCUCCUCCUCCUCAGUGGCUGCUCCCUCUUUGGACCCUGCCUCCUCCUCCUCCUCAUUGACUGGUACCUCCCAGGCUGCUGCCCCACUGGGUCCGCUGGAUGUCUCCUCAUCUUCCAGUGAUCUUGGGGUAAAUAAAGCCCACAGAUGUUUCAUUAAAUGA